AUGAUGAGAAGUUAUCCCUUGCCCCCUGGGCUUCCGUUUAUGAGCGACCCUCCUUUACCAUCAUCCCAUGACGGACAGCCUCGCAGGCUGCUCACUCCAGAGCCACCUCAGUCUGGUACAGUCGCGACCGGCAAGGCAAACGGCGCAUUCUUUGACAGACUCCCAACUGAAAUCCGCACGAGAAUCUUGCGCCUGGCAUUCGGUGACCGUACCGUUCAUUAUGGCACUACCUCUGCUCAGAACCGCCUUGUAUUUCCCGGCCCCCUUGUGGUUGACCUCGACAAGUUGACUGCCUCGGGUAAGCAGCCGAAAGCGGACUGGGCAUGGCGAAGCUCCGUUUGCCAUCGACUUCCGCCCUCUGGAGUUAUAAACUCACGCGGACCCGGAUACGAUCCUCAGCCAUGCGACGACGAGUGUGUCUUUGGGUGGAACGGCCGAAAUGGCUUCCGCCCACAAUGUGAGUACUGGCCUGGCGAAGGGCCAGAGAAGUGCUCUGUAGGGGCAAUGGGCUGGCUACUUGCCUGCAAGCAAGCUUACCGCGAGGGUAUUCAUGUACUAUACGCCACGAACACUUUUCAUACAGCAAGCAAAGAAAUGAUUCUGAACAUUCAUGAUUUCUUCCAACAACAGCGACUCAAUGCCAUCACAUCUGUCGAAAUCGUUUGGGAGUUCACACCGUGGAUCCUGCCAGACAUCAGCGAAGACUUUAGAGCCUCUCCACCCCUCAGCGAUAUGGAGACUUUCAGGCAGUUUCUCAAGGCCAUUCCCAAGACUUUUCUGAACAUCAAGAAACUUUAUGUCUCCCUACAAGGAGAUAUGAUCCCGAAAUCGUAUGGUCAAAUCAGCGAUUAUAAGUACUCGACCAAGGAGCGGAUCGAACUUGUGGAAAAGAACAUUAUCCUGAAAGUCGAUCAAAUGGUUCCUUACCUCAAGCCUCAUGUCGACUUCUCAAUUGCCUAUCCUACAAGCACGUAUGCUGUCCAACGUAGUCUUGCUCUCCGCCAGGGCUGGACAGUGAAACAGAGGCAUGAGACUGGUGAGGUGGAGCGACACUGGAGGCCAUUGGCGAAAUGCCAACCUCGAACAGGCUAUUGGGUCUGCUUGGGUGAUAAGGAUGUCAGAAAAAAGAGAGCGAGGGGCAUUAUUGGGCAUAAGCAUAUGCCAGCGCGUGUUUCUGAACGGCAGUAUGAGGCUUUCUUUCGAUCUUAG